CCAGAGGGAACUUUGACUGACAAUAAUCCACCCACCGUCUCCGGCUACAUGUGCAGUGGCUAUAGGGUCAUUCUGGCUGUACGGAUUGUGUGGAUACGGUCCCAAUGUGACUUAUAUUGUAUCUAUAUGAAAGACAUUAGUUAACGCUGUUUGUAGAAAGUUCGUCUACAAUGUAACCAUAAAGACAUUUUGCUACAUGUGUAUCAUGACAUUGUGACAUUCCUGCGUUUUGAGAAUUCUUUCAUGAGAUCAAAGGGAUAACUGGAGACAUCACGGACCAUGGAAUUACCUACACCUCUACACGAUGCCGCCCACCGGGGAGACCUCGAUAAAGUAAAGGAGCUGGUCAGGUAUGGGGCGGACUUCGGGGCAACAGAUAGUAGAGGAUGGACACCUCUGAUGGUUGCAAUACUGGAUGACAAAGAAGAUACUGCGGCAUACCUCGCCAAGAAGAUGACUGUCCAGGAGUUGAGUGUAGUGGACGAGGACGGGUGCAAUGUGUUACAUCGGAUGGCUGCAUGGUAUCGUCCGUGGUCACAUGUGAUACAGGACAUAGCUGAUGCAUGUCCUAGCCUGUUACAAAGGGAGAAUAGUGACGGCCACCGACCGAAAGAUAUUGCAAGAAAUAGAAGUCAAGAUGUUUACAACAUUCUCGUGAAAUGUGACGACCUACAGCAGCGGAGACAGCAGCAGCAGCAGCAGCAAUAUACCUCUGGAAUAGCUGACAAUGUGGAAAACCCUUGUAAUAUCACCAUUGCUGUCGUUGGUCACCAUGGAGUUGGCAAGUCUUGUUUCGUCCGACAACUUAAACAGGAAUAUAUUCCGGAACACGGACCGGGCUCGACGGAUACCGCUGAUGUAUAUGUCAACUUUCUAGGGUACAACCCGAACACUGGCCUCCGUCAAAAACUUGAUGAGGAAGGCGAAAUCAAGACGAGUCGUCAGCGUCUUAAACACAUCAUUGAUCAAACAGAUAAAACGUCUCCAACCACACCACAACAACACAAAGAUAACCCCGCGGCAGCAAUAUCAACUAUGAAAGCAUCUGUAUCGUCAGCUGGGGAAAAGACAGAAGAAAGUCAAAUUGUUGAAAUAUCGCACAGAAAUCCUUCCCGUUCAGAAGAACUGUCUGGUGAACAAAGACGCGUUAUGGAGGAAGUGAUGGACACAAACAUGGAGGAUUGGAAUGACUUUGGAUUGAAGGGCCGCAUUACAAUAUAUGACUUCGGAGGAGAAAAGGUGUUUUAUAACACACAACACUGCUUCAUGUCAAGCAACAUGGUCUUCGUCCUGGUGUUCGACGUGGAUAUGUGUCUUGAUCCACGCAGAGCAAAGGAUGGUUACGAGCAAAUCGAGUUCUGGCUGAAGGUGUUCGCUACCUAUGCUAUUGAUGAAGCAGCACAAGGUAAAGGAACGCCUCCUGUCAUCCUUGUUGGAUCAUACCUGGACCUUGUUUCUUCUGAUAAAGAAAAACAGGAAGAAUUGUUCAUCUCAGUGCUAGAAAAGCUGUACGAGGAACCUGAAAUCGGUGAAAUUAUUGACGCCCACGUCCAGGGAAUGUUUCCAGUUGCUAAUUUAAAUGAUUGCAAUAAAAACCAACAUAUGUAUAAGGAAAUAUGGAACAAGAUCAUAGAGAUUGCCAAACUCCAGUCCCAAUGGGAGAAGCCUGUACCUGCAAGAUGGGUUGCAUUGGAAUACGCGCUGGUCAGACUAAAGAUUAGAGGAAACGUUAUCCUUACGUAUGAUGAAUUGCUAGAAAUAAACCGCAAAACAUCAGUGCCAUUAGCAAAACCUGACAUCAUGAACUUCCUAAGGAGACUGAGGUUUUCCGGAUCAUUCCUCUGUUUUGAUCUUCAUAGCAAGAAACCUUUUAUUGUUCUUCAACCACAAUGGAUAAUUGAUGCAUUCAAAGCCAUCAUCACUGACCCGAAGUUCAUAGCCGACCUAUCACCCAAGCAAACACUUCAGUGGAAGCAGUAUGAGAAAUCCGGCGUUUUAUCACUAGACCUUAUCAGACAACUGUGGGGACGUUAUGAGAAAAGUAAGUUCCUUGCAGAGGAGGACAAACUCGUCAUCGCAAUGGAGACUCUCGGUUUACUUACUAAACCAAUAUCAGUAGAUGCAGAGGUUGACUACUUCAUAGUACCAAGCAUUCUUCAAACUGCAGAUCCCGAGAUAAUUCGUCCAGUGCUUGAUGAUCCUGACACUGUCACAAGUGUCACUAUUUGUGCCAAGUUCGACAACCCAUUCAUCCCACAGGCUAUUUGGGACAAAAUGAUUGCCUCCUGCAUUCACAGGUUUCAGCGCCUGAGAGAAUUCGGACAUGAUGGUUUAACGUUUAUCCGACGCGGAUUUGCUUGCCUGUCUGUGGAUUGCUUGUGGAACAUGAUUAUCAACUGCAGCGACAAUGCAAUGAAGGUUACUAUGUUCAAGAAGGAUACAGAUCACUCCGUACCAACAGGAACUGGAAUUAACCUACUCAGUAUUCUUGAGUUUCUUCUCAAGCGGAUUCUUGCGUUGAAUCACCAAAGUCAUCUUGGAUACCAAUUCUACCUCCACAACGACUUCCGGUUCACUGCAGAGGAGAAAAUGGUGAAGAAGGAUGAUCUUCAACAGGCACCACGUCUACAAUGUUACGGUUCAAAUGGGACGAGAUGGAUAGACAGAGACGACCUCUCCAUCUGGUUCGGGAACCCAAAUCAGAAGACAAAACGGACCCUUUUGCGUCAUGUUGGUAAGUCGAUAUACUUUACUUCAAUUCUGGAGGUCAGUAUGAUAUAUGGUGACGAGGUUGUUACCUAUGUCUACUAUGUACCAUGUUGACCAUCUGUGGCUUCACGGAGGGGGCAGAGACUGACUAGGGAACAGAAUCACUACAUUGGGGAUAAACAAUAAUGGCUUCGAGCUACACGUGGUGACUCAGAAUCAACUUGCCAACUAUAAAUCUCCUCUUAUAUCUUACAUCCUACGUUCUUCGUCAUGUUUUCCAUUUGCACUCUCACGUAGAUUUAGUUUCUAGUUGGAUCUCCAAUUCGUUGUGAAUGAAAUCCUUCUUCAAGUUAAAAUCCUGCUUAGCCUAUGGUCGUCUGCCUGUGCCAUGCCAUUUUUGUUUAUUAUUAAUCAAGGUAACAGAGAUGCUUUACUGACUUAUCACAA